AAUUAGAGGCGUCACCUUCAUCAUCACAACCGAAUAUUCCAGGGUUUUGCAUGAGUUCAUCACUGCAAUGUUCGGGAAAAUAAUUUGUUUCGAUGGGAAUAAAAUGACUCAAAAUGCCAAUUAAUUUAACCAUAGCUUUGGCAUUGAAAACCUUAAUGAUUCAAGCAAGGAGAAAGAGAGGAUGGGUAAUCAAUGUCAAUGGCAUCUGUGGUUUGUGUUGGCGAUAACAUGCUUUGUGAGUCAAAAUUAUGUAGCAGGGGAGCUUGAGAGAGUUCAUCUGAAGGGGCAGCCGAGGAACGGCAACAGCAGCAAAGGCGAUGGUUUCCUUGGCUUUUUGGUGGUCGGUGAUUGGGGUAGAAAAGGGGCUUUUAAUCAAUCACGAGUUGCAUUCCAGAUGGGAAAGAUUGGAGAAAAACUAAAGAUAGAUUUUGUGGUAUCGACGGGAGAUAAUUUUUAUGACAAUGUGUUGAACAGCCAACACGACCCUGCGUUUCUACAAUCCUUCACUAAUAUUUACAAAUCCAAGAGCCUGCAAACCCACUGGUUCAGCGUUUUGGGGAACCAUGAUUUUAGGGGUGAUGCAGAGGCUCAAUUCAGUCCUUUUCUCCGACAAAUUGAUUCCAGAUGGUUUUGUUUACGAUCCUUCAUCGUCAAUGCUGAAUUGGCUGAGAUCAUCUUUGUGGAUACCACACUUUUGGUGAAGAGUUAUUUUUUAAACUCAGACAAUCACACUUAUGACUGGCGCGGUGUAAUACCUCGCAAACGCUACAUUACAAAUCUAUUGAAGGAUGUGGAGUGUGCAUUGAGAGAAUCAACCGCAAAAUGGAAGAUAGUUGUAGGACACCAUGCAAUUAGAAGCAUUGGGUUCCAUGGUGACACUGAGGAACUUGUAAACUACCUCUUCCCUAUUCUCAAGGCUAACAAUGUUGAUUUUUACAUCAACGGCCAUGAUCAUUGCCUGCAACACAUCACUGACACUCACAGGUAA